AUGCGCCAACCGCGCGAGGGCGAUGAAUUGACUCCGACGGGCUCUGACAGGCUUCUCUUUCCUCUCUAUGUACUCGAUCAGUUGGUCCGUUCUUGGCGAGAAAUGGCUCCCCAUGCUUUCGCCGUCUCGUUCAUGUGUUCGACCUUCUUUUGGCACUACAUGCAAAAAAUGCUCCGGUCCCAAAUUGUCGCUGGACCUGGGUCUCUUCAUGUCCCAGAUCGCGAGAUUCGUCUAUUUUUGCCCUACGACGACAGUCUAAUCCCAACCUCCACCGGCAGCAUUGGCUUGGCAGAAAUGCCCAAAUGCCAAGAACGCGCGCCCCAUGUGCAACCCAACUCAACAUUGUGGAACCUUAUCGAGGGAGUGUGCACUCCAAGCUUGUGA